AUGACCAAAGAAUUGCUGCGCUGGGAGGACAGUCCUGGUCUUGAGCACCACUGCCCAAAGUGCCAGACACCCCUUAACAACCCCAGAGCCAAGCACACCUGCUACUUCAAGCAUGUCGAGAUCUGUCCAUUGUUCCACCAGCAUUUCUUCAUGAUCGGAAGAACACUGACGUACACAACAAACACAGGCCAAGCUCACAACUGCGACACUUGUCGCCGCAACAACAACGCUCACGAUGAGCGCCACCGACAACUUGCUCUCCUCCUCCGCGAACUGGCUCAACUGCAAAAAGACCAAGGCUUUGAAUCCAUCGUCUUCCCGGCCUUGCCCUUCUUACCAACCAGCACCAGCAAAAGACCCUCUUCCUCCUCCGCUGGUGACGAGGAUCCGGAACUAACCCCCAAGCUCAAGAAGCGCGAGCGCAAAAAGGCGAAGAAACGAAUCAAAGCACUCAAAGGAGGUGAUGCACUCACCACUGCCCAAAUCGCUGCCGUAGCAGCUGCUCUCCACCCUGCAUCGCGUAACAACAGUACCGCUUCUACUUCUUCUUCGUCGACCAAUGCCACCGAGACCAGCGACCACGACACCGAUACCCCUGCCACGCCCACCUCGCCAGUCUCGCCAUCCUCACCCAUCACACCAACCACACCCACCACGCCCUCCUCCCUUUCCACCCUCAUGAAUGCAAACAAAGCCUUCCACCCAGACGUCGACGGCAAGCUAAACUCUUCACGCAUGACGCUCCAAACAUCUCUGCUCUCCAUCCUCUCCACCAGCUAUCCUUCUCUCGAGACCUCUGUUGCCAAUGCACUUUGCGCUCUCAACAUCCCUGAUGUUUCCGACAAGACUCCAAAGUGUAUUGUGGAGCUGGUCGAAAAGGUCAAGCAAGCGGUCAAAGAGGAUCUGCGGUGUGCAGAGGGAGAGUUGAGGAGAUUUCAUUUGAGGGAGGCGGCGUGGUAUCGGUUUGUUAAUAGGAGUGUGUUGGCUUUGAGGGAGGAAUGA